CCAGUCGUCACAGUGUCAUUGAGUGAAGUCUCAGUGUCAGCAGCCCAAACAGACGAGAUCCACCAGACAGUAAAGAUGAUACAAGGAUCAGCGCUAUGCUUUGUGUUGCUUUCCCUGGGAGUGGACAUGCAGGGGGACGCUGUGCCCAUCUGUGCCCCUGGGCAUGCCGGCUGCCACAGCCUCUCUCUGGCUGACCUGUUCGACAGGGUGGUCCAGCACUCGGCCAGGAUCCACAGACUCUCCAGUGACCUACACACAGAUUUUGAACAAUACUUCCCUUUGAGUAAAAAUUUGAUUGGUGAAAGAAAAUGCCACACUUCAGGCAUACAAACUCCCAAUGGCAAGGACAUUGCACAGAGCCUUACAAGAGAGGAGUUGACCGAGGUGAUUCUGAGGCUCCUGGCGGCCUGGGGAGAUCCCCUGUCCUACCUACACCACAUCAUGGCCCCCCAGCAGGACUUCAACAUGCACAGCGCCAGCAAAGCCCUGCAGAUGAGUGACAUGGUCCAGCAGCUCAGGAGCGGAGUGCAGAGAGUGGCUGAGAGGAUGCAGCUCUUGGGCAUGAUCAGUAACUCUCUGAGCAGUCUGUUUUCCCCAGAGGUGCUGGACCCCCCCUCACCUAAGACAUUCAUUAGCAGUGACCAUGACCUGCUUUACUGCCUACGCAGAGACACAGACAAGGUGCAGAGCUACCUCAAGAUCCUCAGGUGUACCAUCCUUUCUGAGCAGGCAUGCUAGCUCUCUCAGAUACUCUCAUGGGAGAUUACAGAUAUCAUUCUAUUUAUUCAAGAUGAUGACGACGGAUUUACAAUGUACUGUAUAUCAUGCUAUGUGCUGUUUUUAUUUUGACUGUUAUAGUUUCAUAUCACAUUGUAUUUGGAUGGUCCUUGUGGAAAGAUUAUCUUUUAAAAAAUAUCUAAACUAUCUUUUUCAACACUGUUAAGUACAGUUUGUGGCCAGGGUUUGUUUAAAGUGGUAUUCCGUGAACUGUCACAAAGACUUGAAUUUCAACAAAAUAAAUAACAUAAUGAGGAACCGUCUGUAAAGUCUCUGUAGGUGUGCUAUCCAAUUGAAGUGUUAUCCCAUUCUGAUGUGGACAUAAUGAGAGAUCAUGGCAAGAUGCCAAUGCCAUGCAUGUGUUUGUCAUUAUCCACACUUGAACUUUAACAUAUGAAACUUCUAUUUAUUAUUUGCAAAAACAUAUUGAUACAUUUUAAUGGACAGCCUUUUCACAGAAAUAUCUUGUUUUAACUAACAAUUCAAGGCUGUGUCAUAGUAUAUGUACAGUUGCUUUACCAAGGCUGUGUCAUAACCCUAACCCAUAGUAUAUGU